CGCUCUUUGGUUGCCAUGGCGAUGACGUCAGCUUGCGCCACCGCUCCAGCCCAGUCGAAGCGAUCCGAAAGGGAGGCGGCGCAGCCAACUGGGACACAAACAGACGUCGUUUGUGCAGCCGGGAGCCAUCGUCGCUUCUCUCCGUCUCCUUCCUCUUCUUUUCGAACCUUCGUCCUCCGGAAGAUCCAAAAAAAAAAAAAAAAAAAAUGCGCGAAAUUGUGCACCUGCAGGCCGGCCAGUGCGGAAACCAGAUCGGCGCCAAGUUCUGGGAGGUGAUCAGCGACGAGCACGGCAUCGACCCCACCGGAACGUAUCAUGGCGACAGCGACCUGCAGCUCGACAGGAUCAGCGUGUACUACAACGAGGCCACGGGCGGGAAGUACGUCCCACGCGCCAUCCUGGUGGAUCUGGAGCCCGGAACCAUGGAUUCCGUCAGGUCCGGUCCCUUCGGUCAGAUCUUCAGACCUGACAACUUCGUCUUUGGUCAGAGCGGUGCCGGCAACAACUGGGCCAAGGGUCACUACACGGAGGGAGCCGAGCUGGUGGACUCGGUCUUGGACGUGGUGAGGAAGGAGGCGGAGAGCUGCGACUGCCUGCAGGGCUUCCAGCUCACGCACUCGCUGGGCGGCGGCACCGGCUCCGGCAUGGGGACGCUGCUCAUCAGCAAGAUCCGCGAGGAGUACCCGGACCGCAUCAUGAACACCUUCAGCGUGGUGCCCUCGCCCAAAGUGUCCGACACGGUGGUGGAGCCGUACAACGCCACCCUGUCGGUGCACCAGCUGGUGGAGAACACGGACGAGACGUACUGCAUUGACAACGAGGCGCUCUACGACAUCUGUUUCCGCACCCUCAAGUUGACCACGCCCACUUACGGAGACCUCAACCACUUGGUGUCGGCCACCAUGAGCGGCGUCACCACCUGCCUGCGCUUCCCCGGCCAGCUCAACGCCGACCUGCGCAAGCUAGCCGUCAACAUGGUGCCCUUCCCCCGCCUGCACUUCUUCAUGCCGGGUUUCGCCCCCCUCACCAGCAGGGGGAGCCAGCAGUACCGCGCCCUCUCGGUACCCGAGCUCACCCAGCAGAUGUUCGACGCCAAGAACAUGAUGGCGGCGUGCGACCCGCGCCACGGCCGCUAUCUGACCGUGGCGGCCGUCUUCCGCGGCCGCAUGUCCAUGAAGGAGGUGGACGAGCAGAUGCUGAACGUCCAGAACAAGAACAGCAGCUACUUCGUGGAGUGGAUCCCCAACAACGUGAAGACGGCCGUGUGCGACAUCCCGCCCCGCGGCCUCAAGAUGGCCGCCACCUUCAUCGGCAACAGCACGGCCAUCCAGGAGCUGUUCAAGCGCAUCUCGGAGCAGUUCACCGCCAUGUUCCGCCGCAAGGCUUUCCUGCACUGGUACACGGGCGAGGGCAUGGACGAGAUGGAGUUCACCGAGGCCGAGAGCAACAUGAACGACCUGGUGUCCGAGUACCAGCAGUACCAGGACGCCACCGCCGAGGAGGGCGAGUUUGAAGAAGAGGGCGAGGAAGAGGGGGCCUAGAAACCUCGCGAAAACCACGCCCCGUCCUUUCCAUUUUAGCUUCACGUUGCUCUGCUGUGUUUUAAACAUGCGCUAAUCACUACAUCGUUAUUAGACAAAGAUAUGUCCCGUCUAAAUGAAGCUCCUCCCCUAACUUCAACACCCCUCGAUUGCGCAAUACUUUUCAAGAUGCAUUGUGGGAUACUUUAAGGCCACUAUAGAACCUUGCACUCACCUGAACUAAUUUGAGCCGCACUACAAAAUGGCAGCCGCACUUCACUAUUUAGGCCACGAUAAUUUUUUUUUUUUUUUUUUUGUGCGGUGAGAUUCCGAACACGGCCGUUGUCUCGGCGACGCCAGUGAAGGUUUCGCUUGUUUUUUUUUUUUUUGUUUGUUUUUUUUGUCGUCGUGUUGUAAAAGCACUCGAGCCUGAUAUUUGCACCUCUUGUCAUUGUUUCCAAGCAAGCAAGUUUUAACUGUGAAGCCUUUCCACUGGAGAAGCAUUAAAAAAAAUAAUAAUAAUCUGA